UGGGGUGACGUUAUCUUCCGCUAUCUCCAACGAGUACCCAACCUGUCACCUGUUAACAGCUGAAACACAGUACAGUCGUAUAUAUCCCCAAAUCACAUGUAAACAGGGAUCUAUAAUGUUAAACAUGAGGACUAGUAUUUUUCUAUUAUUGUAUAUAUCAAGUGCAAGCUGUGAUGUCUGUUUUAGCGACUCAAAUGGUAAAACGUUCUACUGCCAAUCACGAUGUUGUGACGACCACUGCUGUGUCAAAUACGAUGACUACACGAAUUGGAAGAGUGACGAGAUAGCGGGUGCAGUGAUUGGGACCCUGUUGGGAGGGACAAUAUUCGUCCUUGGUUUUAUUUAUAUCAUCAGGAAUUUCUGUCACAAGAAACGACCUGUACAUCAAUCGGGGACCGAUCUGAUCUACACCAUCAGUAACGAAGUUGAAAUAAGAAACGACACCUUGCCACGUUUACCUCCAUCUUAUGAAACAUCACAAACUUCAAUGCCGGGAAGGAAGAACUAUUCUAGAUUUGAAAACGAAGCAUAAUAAUAUAAGAUACAAUCAAUAUAUACGAAACUGUAAUAUAUGAUUACUUUGUAUGUACAUCGAACACUGUAUUACUUUUAAAAAGGCAACAGCAUGCUAUACUAUCAUCCUUUUUUCGGUCGUUAAAUACUAAAUUACUUAAGAGAUGUUGUCAGUAAUCAUGGAAUAUUUUUUGGAAAAAUGUAAAAAAAAAAUAAAAAAAAAUGAAGAAUUCUAAAAUUCUAUGUAGUAUUAUUGAUAAAAUCAUUUAAAAUACAUGUGUGAGUCUCUUAAACUCAAAUAAAUCAAAAUAAUUGA